AUGGAAUUUUGCGACGAGUCCUAUGAUCUCGUUAAUAUUGAUGAAUUCGAUGCGCUGUGGGUUGCUUCCCGUCAUGGCGUCGCAUUUGGAGUUCCACCGUGUUUGCUAAUUAGUGAUGACGAUGCUAUUGCCCGCAGUUCAAUUGAGCUGAAGUCUGGCCCCUCUUCUUCCAACUUGUCGCCAUCGACAUUAUCGACCGAGAAAACCUCAUCGGAUUCCAGUGGCGUCAUAUGUGACCCCCAGCUCCAUGAGACGUGGCGGGAAGGAUUGGGCAAGUUUCCCGCAAAGGAACAUGCUCGGAAGGUGGCCAGAGAGCUGGGAGCAGACCAUGGCAUUAUCUUCCUCCUCGGCCAGGAUGAGAAGUACUACGAGGACUCAGAUAUGGGCCCCACCUUUCGCCAACGCAGAUACUUCUAUUACAUCACCGGGGCCGAUUUCCCUGGGUGUGCCGUGACCUACGACAUACUCAGGGACAAGCUGGUGCUCUGGAUCCCGCGCAUCGAACCCCGGACCGUGCUCUGGUUUGGAAAAGUGCCAACACCAGAAGAAUGCAAAGCCGCCUCGGACGUGGAUUCCGUUUACUACAUUGACUUUCUUCAUGAAAAGCAAUGCCCUGUGUUCAAGAGAGGUCAAACGAUCCACGUGCUGCACCCGGACCAGAUCCCCCCGGAGCUUGAUCACCUCGGAAAGUUUAUUCGAAUCGACGCUGUCCGUCUGAAGCCUGCCAUGGACGCAGCCCGAGUCAUCAAAACCGACUAUGAGAUUGCCCUGAUCCGGCGGGCGAAUGCCGUUUCGAGCGCCGCCCACAAAGCCGUUCUGCGCAACAUCAAACGCUUCACCAACGAGCGUGAGAUCGACGCCCUCUUCAGGGGCUACUGUAUCGCCCACGGCGCCCCCAUCCAGUCCUACCCAGUGAUCGCCGCCUCCGGCAUCAACGCCAGCACCCUCCACUACGACGACAACAACCAAUCCCUCAAGAACCGCCAACUCCUCAUCCUCGACGCCGGCGCCGAAGUCCACUGCUACGCGAGCGACAUCACGCGCACCAUCCCCCUCCCGGGAUCCUUCACCCCCCUCGCGCGCGAGAUCUACCGCCUCGUCGAGCGGAUGCAAGACGAAUGCAUCGCGCAGAUCAAGCCGGGCGUGCGCUUCUCCGCGCUGCACGCGCACGCCUGUGCCGUGGCCGUGACGGGGUUGUUGAAGCUGGGGAUUCUGCGCGGCGAGGAGGAGGAGAUCCUGGCGCGGGGCACGGUGGCGGCGUUUUUCCCGCAUGGGUUGGGCCAUCAUGUCGGGUUGGAGGUGCAUGAUGUUUCGGGGACGGAGAGGCUGUUGUUGAACGGUGGUCCUGGUAGUGGUCCUGGUAGUGGUGGUGGUUAUGGUUGUGGUGCGUCGACGUGGCGCGGGUAUCGGUUGAGGAGGCGGGUGAUGACGAAGCGGGAGAGUUUGACGCCGUGGGAGGUCGCGGCGUUGUGGGAGGGCGCGAAGCCGGAGAAGGAGAAGCAGCAGGAGCGGUGGUUGCUAAACAACGUGCCGCUUGACGAGGUAGAGGCGGCGCUGACGCUGGCGUCGAGUUCGGGUGCGCGUGGCCAGAAGCUGGCCCCGGGGAUGGUGGUGACUGUUGAGCCCGGCAUUUACUUCCUGCCGCGAGUGCUGGAGAAGUACUGGAACGUGGGUGGUGUGCGCAUCGAGGAUGAUAUCCUGGUCACCAAGAAGGGCUAUGAGAACCUGACCACGGCGCCCAAGGGGGAUGAGAUGAUGAAGUGUAUGGGCGAGUCGGGCCUCUUGUGA